UUCAUUUAUCAUAUUUUUUUUAUAAAUGAAUCAUUAUUUUGACAGUAGGAGAUUCGUAGCUGUUGUCCUUCUUUUUAAUUUAUAGUCCUAAAUUUAUUGUAAUAUCUGAAAGUUUUCUAUUGACCAAACAAAAACACUUUGUACUUCAGUUUGUAUUAUUCAUUGAAUCAAGCAGAUCUUGGUGUAGUAAACUAUACUAUUGUAACUUAUAAACUUUCAAUCCUAAGUCGAUGAUAUGAAAUUCAGAACGUAGUUAAAUGUAAAAUAAAUAUAAACAUUGUAACCAGUUUUGUUAACGUCUCAAGAAAGUUAAUUCAUUCCAUAAACUUAGGAAAACCAACAUUCAGUGUAAUGGAUCAAUUCCAACAUUUACACAAUUUAAAUAUCCACUCUUCAUGCCGAGCAUGUUUGGAAAACUUAAAUGACAUGCAUCACAACAUAUUCGAAAUACCAGAUUUGCAAAGGAAAUUGACUGUAUGCAUAUCCCUGCCCGUGGAACCGGGGGACGGGCUUCCAACAAGUCUAUGUGAACCAUGUCACACCAAGAUCGAUGACUUUUAUGACUUUCAUCAAAUGUGUACAUUGGCCAGACAAAAAUUCAUGGACUACAUAAAUUCUGAGAAAAAACCAUCCACAAUGCAACUAGCUUUAGAUUCAGAUAAUUUACCAACUGAUAUAGUAACGUUCAAGGAGGAAGCAAAAAAGGAGCAAGAAGAAAGUUCCAUAUCCAAUGAUGAAUGUUUAGAAUUCGAUGCGGCUGAGCUGGCAAAUGUGAAGAACCAAGAUGAUUCCUCUUCGCAAGAUGAAGAAGAAUCCGAAGAUGAUCAUGAUCAGCAAGUGAUAAAAUAUCAUGAAAGUGACGACGACAAUUCCAUCAUCGAUAACAGUCAACUUAAUGAAAACGAAGACAAUAAACCUGAUGAAAAGAAAACGAAAGCCUCUUCAGAGAAUGUAAUUGUUUUGGGUUGCAAAAUCUGCAAGAAAACUUUUAAGAAAGAGGAAACAUUCACGGCUCAUAUGCGUGUCCAUGCAGGCCUCAAACCUUUCCCCUGUCAGCAGUGUGAUAAAUCGUAUGCCCGACGAAGUCGACUUAAAUUACACGUUGAUACCAAGCACGAGGGAGUCACUGCCGAAAAAUUCCCUUGCACAGAACCCGGUUGCGAUAGAAUCAUGUGUUCUAAGCAAACUCUUCGCAAACACAUUAAGGAUAUUCACAAUAGCACUGGUGCUAAAACAACAUCGCAACCUUACAUAUGUGAGGAGUGUGGCAAAGUCCUAACUAGCCUCGCCACGCUGAAAAAUCAUCGUUUCCUACACACCGGCCAGCAACCUCCACACGAAUGUCCACAAUGCUUCAAGCGAUAUAUCACAAAGAACAAACUAAAAGAACACAUGAACAGACACGCUGGCAUCCGGAACUUUGUUUGUCCGCAUUGUGGGGCUAAGAAAUCAACACGAACCGAACUGAAAACCCAUAUAAACUAUCACACCAAAGAAAAAACAUACCCGUGUCAGUUCUGCGGUACCGUCUUCAAUAGUAUUGGGAAUUAUAGUCGACACAAACGAAUCGUUCACGAAGGCAUCAAAGACUACCCAUGUUCGUAUUGUGAUAAGUCAUUUGGCAAAGCCGAGACUCGGAAGCAUCACGAAAUGACACACACUGGAGAGAGGCCGCACGAAUGUAAUAUUUGUCACAAGAAGUUCAUUCAGCCCGUUGCUUUAAAGAAGCAUAAAAAGAUUCAUCUCAAGGCAAUUGCAGGCCAACCGGAUUGGUGUUUAUUCGUAUAUAAACAGGUUGCAUGUAAAGUAAAUAAAAUGGAACGAUUCCGUGAUAUCCAAAACUAUGAUAUCCACUCAUCCUGCAGAACAUGUUUGGAGAGUACAAAAGAAAUCAAAUACAGCAUAUUCGCAAUAUCAGAUCUUCAAAAGAAAAUCACUGUUUGUACUUCCUUGCCUGCAGAACCCGAUGAUGGCUAUCCAACAAAUUUAUGUGAACCGUGUUACAUUAAGAUUGAGGACUUUUUUAAUUUUCAACAAAUGUGCAUAUCCACCAGGAAACGUUACCAGAUGUUUAUUGACUCUGAGAAGAAACUAUAUAAGACGGAACUAGGGGAUGAUGCUAACGACUUAUCAACAGAUUUGAUCCAGUUCACGGAACCAAAAGAGGAAAAAGAAGAUAGUUAUGAGUGUUCAGAGUUCCCUGAAGAUGAUAUUUCAAAUGCAAAACGACAAGAUGAUUCCUCGUCGGAUAAUGAUAGAGACGAGUCAGACGACGAUGAACCUAUUGUAAAAUAUCGUGUUAGUAAUAAAGACAUCUCCUCCAAGGAUCGCAAAGUGAAUGAAAAUGCAAAAACAAGUGAAGAAAUUAAAUCUUUUUCAUCGAAAAUCAAUUUGGAAUGCAAGAUCUGUAAGAAAAUCUUUAUGAACUCUGAUACCUUUGAAGAACACAUGCGUACACACGAAGGGCUCAAGCCAUUUGCUUGUGAACAAUGUGACAAAUCUUACGCCCGACCAGGCCGACUAAAAGUCCAUAUAAGAGUCAAGCACGAGGGCAAGCCGUUCUCCUGUCCCGAACCGGGAUGCAAUAAGACUCUGUGCACAAAACAAACACUUGACAAACACAUUGCUGAACUACACAGCGAGACAAAUGUAAACAAUGGCAUUAAAACGAAGCAACUUUACAUUUGUGAAGAGUGUGGAAAAGUCUUGAAAGGAUUAAGCACACUAAAAAAUCAUAUGUUUCUGCACAGUGGCCAGCCUCGGCCCCAUGCCUGUCCACAGUGUCACAAGAGGUACAUGACUAGAUGCAAACUUAAAGACCAUAUGAACAGACAUGCCGGUAUUAAGAACUUCGUUUGUCCUCAUUGUGGGGCUAAAAAAUCAUCAAGAAGUGAGCUAAAGAAUCACAUCAACUAUCACACCAAAGAAAAAACAUAUCCAUGUCAAAUCUGUGAUAUGGUCUUUAAUAAUAUCGUCAAUUACAGCCGCCACAGACGAGUCGUUCAUGAAGGUAUCAAAAACUUUAAAUGUUCUUAUUGUGAAAAAUCAUUUGGAAAAUCUGAGACGAGAAAACAUCACGAAAUGACUCACACUGGGGAGAGGCCACAUGAAUGCAAAAUAUGCCAUAAGAAGUUUAUACAAAUUGUUUCACUUAAAAAACAUCAAAAAGUACAUUUAAACGCUGAAGGAAAUAACUUGUGAAUAAAUUUUGCUGCGCAAAAGAUUUUGAUAUUUUCUUCUUACAG